ACUUUAUCGCCACCGCGGGCGCGGUUGUCCUCGGCGACGUGGUGAGCGAAAAACUCUCGGAGAAGGUUGUCGCGUACGUCGGUGGUUCUCUCUUCAUCUUGUUCGCCCUCGGCACGGGCAUCGACAUCGUCCAAAAGGUUACGAGCGCUUAG